AAAAUCCUGACCUUGGUGUUGGUUGCUAGUUGCUUUGAGUUCCAAAUGUUCCUCAGUUGUAAAUAUGCUGCUCUUGCUUUGCCGAUCCGCGCCAUCACUUCUGCAUCAGACCCACCGUGUUCAUCAAUGAUGCUGCCCAGAUAUGUAAAGGAUUUUACAUCUUCCAAAUCUUCUCCGUCAAUUGUGAUUGGAUUGAUGCAUGCUGUGUUGUAUCGGAGAAUCCUGCUUUUCCCUUUGUGUAUAUUGGGACCUACUGCUGCUGAGGCUGCUGCCACACUGUUCGUUUUCUCCUGCAUUUGUUGUUGCGUUUGGGAUAUAAGUUGUAAAUUCAUACAAACACUGAAAAUUUUUGAGCUAUAAAGCUUGAACACUACUUAUAUGUAGAUUACUUAUUAAUGAUUCAUAAUUCCAACUUAGAAUUUAAGUGACGAAAUUUCAGUUAACAGAUUAUUUUCAUGUAAUAACUGGUGUCAGCCGCAUCCCCAAUAAAAUGCUGGGAGCAUUAGAUCGACUGUAUGUUUUACUUUGAAGUUCAAAUAUUUUGGUUUCUCUGUACUUCAAAAUCGAUGAGUUGGGAACAUGUAGCUUAGCUUAACUUCGUUGAUCAAUCACCUUGGUAACUGUUAAUACAUAAAUCUCUAACACUACUUGAAUUCAGAAGGCAAUAAAGAGAGGCUAUUACAUUUUAUCAGC